CCCUCUGUCCUUUACCCCUUUCAAAAAACUCGCUCGCCCCGUCUUGUCCUCCCUCUCCUCCGCUCCAAAAGCAACCAGAAGCUAUUCGCGUUUAGGCUACAGGAGGAGUUUUUGAGAACUGGGAAGAAUUUGACAAACUUUGUUGAUCCCAACGUAGCCUAAACGGACCGCAGCGCUUCACUGCCAGUCGUUAUAGGGACAUCGAUUAGUUUACUGUGUAUGUCGACAUCAAUUUAAAUAAAUUACAGUUCCUCUUUUCAUGGAAUAUGAAGAACAACGUCAGGAGGAUGAGAUCUUGACCGAAUCAUGCAUAGAUCUUUCUUUUUUCUUUUAUCAAACAUCGCGUUGUCUGUCUAGUUAGCGCGGUUAGGACGGAGCUGUUUUUGCAUAUUUAUUUCUUCUUCCCGUCGUUUUUUAAAAUGAUUGUUGUUUGAUUCAAACGGACAUGGCUAACUGGUAGAAUAAACAUUUUUUUGUGACGUGGAAAGUAAAUUUGAAUUGAAUAUGAAAACGUAACUUUUCCAUUUAAACCAAUAUUGAGUUUUACCACUUCGCCAACUCUCUCGGACCAUUAGUCUAUAACCAAUGUGGUGUCAACUUGAAGGACGCGUGGUCCGGAUCUCACCUAAACGUUGAUACGUGUUGGGAGUGAUGCACUGGCUUCCCCUGGUUGCCAUGGUGAUCGCCUCGGCCCUGCCCUUCCCUCACAGCCCUGUGACCAGUACUGUUGCUGCGAUGACGGAGCCCGGCAGUAGCCUGGACAACCACACAGAGGACAUCGAUGACUCUUCCAGUCGCUCCCCCGGAUCUUACUCCACACGUCCAGCUCCUCAGGCCUCUGUGGACUACAACUCCCACAGUAAUGCUUCACUGAAGAACUACAAUGUGACUGCUGAUUCUGUAAGAGCAGACAGUACAAAACGCCUCAGCGUGACGGGUGUCAAGAAAGACUACAAUAACCCCUCCAUAAUUAAAGAGGAGGUGAAAACUUUGAAAGGGAAGCGAAAACAACAAAGUUAUCUGUCAAAAAGCAAUUUUCCUACAGAAAACACGAGCAGCGUUGGUUUAAAUAAAUAUUCUAACACUGAUGGAGGAAAACUCAGGAGCACCAAUGGCAGCAGUCAUCAGGACUACCCCUCCCAGGAGAACUAUGUACUAGGGGACUAUAAACCAGACAGCAGCAGAGCUGGUGAUGACAGCAGCUUUAGAGACAUGGCUCAGAAGGAAAACCAUCAUCACUCUCUAGACCCCAGGACCGAUGAACAGGAUCUCAGACCUCCCAACAUGUAUGUGGUGGAAACUUACAAACCUUCCACUAAUGCUGGACACCACAGUAACACUGGGCCAGAUCCCUCCAGUCAGAGGACCCCGCAGAGAGCAGAGGCUAGGACAGAGAGCAGUGAUAACAGGGGAGAGGAGAGGAGGGAGGGUGGACCUGGGGCAGGGGCUGGGAAAGGUCUGGAUCUGUCAGAGGAAGGAAUGGAAGUAGGACUAGGGUUAGGGCUGGGUCAGGGGCUGGAAGGUGUAAAGGAGAAGCAAGAGCUGCUGUUUUUAGAUGCACACCCGCGGGUCCUUUUCUCUUCCUCUCCUCCAAGGCACCCGCCCCUCCUCCUCAUGCUGGAGUCAGGCAUGUUGCCCAUAGAAGGAGAGGACAAGGAGGAGGAGGACAAGGAGGAGGAGGAGGAAGUGUCGGACGCAGACGGACACAUGGAGGGUCAUGGGGACAGAGAGGUGGACAGGAGUGUGCCGCUGAGCUGGAUGGACACUCUCAGGGGGGCCAGGGAGCCCCCUCUCCCCUCCCCCAGGCACAAGCGCUCGCACUUGUCCCACACCAGGCGGGGUGAGAUGCCGGUGUGCGAGUCGGAGAGUGUGUGGGUAACGGACAAGACGACGGUCAUCGACGAUAGGGGUAAAACAGUCAACAUCGUGCCAGAGAUCAAGACAGUCAAGGGGGCGCUGAAGCAGUACUUCUAUGAGACUCGCUGCCUCCAGGAGGGGCAGCAGAGGGGUGGUGGGCCGCAGCGGGAGGCGGGGGGGGCAGGGGCCUCGGCAGCAGGAACAGGGACAGGACCCGUAGGUGUGUCCGGGGCCAGCUGCCGGGGCGUGGACAUCAGACAGUGGGUGAGUCAGUGUAAGGCCAAGGACACAUAUGUCCGAGCCCUCACUGUUGACAACAACGGUCUGCAGGGCUGGAGGUGGGUCCGCAUCAACUCGUCCUGCGUGUGUGUCCUACUGUCCAGAGUAACCAGGAAAAACAGAGGAAGGGAGUGAGGGCAGGAGAUGGGUCCGCAUCAACUCGUCCUGCGUGUGUGUCCUACUGUCCAGAGUAACCAGGAAAAACAGAGGAAGGGAGUGAGGGCAGGAGAUGGGUCCGCAUCAACUCGUCCUGCGUGUGUGUCCUACUGUCCAGAGUAACCAGGAAAAACAGAGGAAGGGAGUGAGGGCAGGAGAUGGGUCCGCAUCAACUCGUCCUGCGUGUGUGUCCUACUGUCCAGAGUAACCAGGAAAAACAGAGGAAGGGAGUGUGGGCAGGAGAUGGGUCCGCAUCAACUCGUCCUGCGUGUGUGUCCUACUGUCCAGAGUAACCAGGAAAAACAGAGGAAGGGAGAGAGGGCAGGAGAUGGAGGAAAGGUGGAGAGGAUCAUGUGGAAGAAAUGUUAACACAGAUGAUGCUUGGGACAUUGGAUGUAAUGUCAGUGAGACAGUAGGUGUUACUUUAUAGGCCAGGGUGCCUCUUAUCCAGAGCGACUUACAUUGGUGCAUUCUUCGUAUGAUAGCUGCACUCUUACAAAAAGGGUUCCAAAAGGGUUCUUCGGCUGUCCCCAUAGGAGAACACUUUUUAGUUCUAUGUAGAACCCUCUGUGGAAAGGGUUCUACCUGGAACCAAAAUGGGUUCUUCAAAGGGUUCUCCAAUGGGGACAGCCAAAGAACCCUUAGGUUCUAGAUAGCACUUUCUUUAACGAGUGUAGGCGAGACAACCCCUCCACCCAUCACGGGCUCAGUGAGAGUGACUACACAAAAACAAUAAAACCUCAACAAUACAACUUAGGGAAAACUUUCAUAUCAAAAUAGCGAUUUUAGAAAAGUACUGUUUGUUUCAUAAUUGUCUUCAUGUCAUACAUGUUAUUGCUGAGUAAUACUGUAUGUAACCAUGAGUUUUAAAUUAAUAUAUUUCUUUAUAUAUGUGUACAAUAUGUGAUCAGUAUGCUUUUAUGUAUGAAAGUAUGUAUAUUUAUAGCGAAAGGUAUGUGGAUUGAUAGGUUUGUUGUUGCUACAUGAUUCCAGUCUCUGGCGUCUGGCCUCUGCUCUGAAUGGGAGAGGAAGGGACUGGCAGCACCUAGUGAUUUAGCCUGAUACUGCUCAACAUUCCAUACUGAGCACUGACCAUCCCCAGUCCUCCUUUGUGAAGUCUCACAGAGAACAUUAUCACUGACUGCUUUAAUAGUAAGAUAGAGAGGAGAAUUGAGCCAUGUAUACUGUGAGCACAAUGCUGGGUGUCAUCAUGAUGCCCAUACUGUUGUCAUGAGAGCAACAGUCCAUUUACAGUGUAGCCAGUCAUAUGUGAUCAGAACAUUUGAGUGACCAAUAGAAACCAUGCAGCAGUGUGACAACCACAGAAGCAUUUUAUCUCUAUCUCUCCCUGUAGUUAGAUCAUUAGAUGAUUGAAGAAUUCCAUUCGCCUCAGUUUGCAGUUUGAACUCUGCACUCUAUAGUAUAUGCAGUACAACAUAUUUAUACAUCUGGAUUUUUGUAAUACAUGUAUGUAUAUUGUAAAGGCCUGUUUCUUAUU